UCACGGUGAGACUGAGAGAGCAAAUAUGACAGUGAGACUGAGAGACCACGUUCGCAUCCCUCCAAUGGCGGCCAAGUUUUAUUUAUUGGCAUACAACUCCUUUCACGCCUUUGGGUGGGCAGUGGGGCUUUCUAGGCUUUUGGCCACAUUUUCCGCGACGAAUUCUUUGAAUAGAGCUUACAACUCUUACGGUGAUCUUAUCAGUUGGCUGCAAGUUGGUUCCUUUUUGGAAGUCUUGCAUUCUGCUCUAGGUCUGGUUCCUAGUGGAGUGCUUCCUAUUCUCAUGCAAUGGGGUGGGAGGACUCAUUUCCUUCUAGCUGUUGUUCGCCAAAUAGACGAGGUUCAGGAGAUGCCUUCAGUUUUCAUCACUUUUCUUUCAUGGAGCAUAUCUGAGGUUAUCAGGUACUCACACUAUGCCCUAAAUAGCUUAGAAAUUUGCCCAUUUUGGCUCACUUAUCUUAGAUACACUGCUUUCAUCGCUUUGUAUCCUGUUGGAGUUGCUCCAGGAGAGAUGUGGCUUAUGUAUGAAGCACUUCCCUUCAUAAAGAAGAAAAACUUGUAUUCAAGCUUCUUUGACACUCUCCACUUCAGCUACUAUUCCUUUGUUGUGAGUCAAUUGUUGUUGGUCUUUGAAAAUAUCAGGUCCUUCUUGUUUGCUACCCAUUUCUGUGGUUGAAGCUGUACCUGCAUCUUUUUAAGCAGAGGCAAUCCAGAUUGCGGAAACUACAUGAGAAAAAGAAGCAAUGAUGGUUUGGCCCUUGAAAGCCUAGACCUUUCAAUUUUGUCAGUUGGCUUUAGAUAUGUCUUCUUUUUACUAAUUAUCAUUUUGGCUUGAGACCUAUUUUAUUAAAUGGCAAGAAUUUAGCUGGAACUUACUGUUUUCUGAGUGAUCAUGGGAAUUUUCAGUAUUUCUAAAUAUAUACAAGACCUUAUUUUUGAAUUCAUGUUUUGAUCUAUUUUACUAGUAACUAGUUAUACAAACAUGCAGUUCUCAAACGAGAAAUUCUAGCUUCUAACUUUCUGCUUUAAAGGUAGUCUACAUUUAGAUGGAAAACCUCCUUUUUGGAGUGGUGAUCCUGCUGUGGACUUGAGUGGCGAUCAUGUCUCAAGUUGAUACUUCGUAUUUAUUACAAGUAAAGGAAAACAACACAGUCUAGUAGCUUCUCUUAUGAACUCCUACUUUGCUUAAUUUUCUGGUAACCAAUCUUCUAACAAAUAAUUUAACAGAAUUCCUUGGAUGUAUCCGUGAUGUCGGAGUGGGGAGAAGAAAUUUGCCUUUGGAAAUAGCUCCUUAUAAUAGCUUUCGUAUCAAUAAUUUCAUAGAAAGUGUGCCGCUCAUAGGAUAUUCCUGUAAUUAUAGAUUUGAUAUUUCUUGUUUCACUUAUUGAUAAACAAUGGAUAGAGAGUAAAUUUAUGAUUUGUUCAACUAAAUUUCCAUGAGUGUCUAACAUAGUAUGUGAUUAUGUUACAUAGAGACCAACGUGGGUUUCUGAAUUUCAGUGUGCUAUGUGCCCAAUACUUCAGCCCAGAAGCCAAUACAGAGAAAGUUCUUGUGAUUAUUUAUUUUGUAAUAAAUAAAAGACUUUAAUGUGUAUAUAAUCUCUAGUUCAUACUAAUUACACUUAGAUGUUGUUGGCCUAGUGGUAUACCACACAAACUUGGUACAAGAUGUCUUGGAUUCAAACCCACACUUGUGCUCUUUACAAUUUUUUAUUACCCCUGAAGUUUUGACAUGGUCUCCAAGUGUCAACACACAAUACAUAAGCAAGAAUAAAGAUUCUCCGUAACAUACGUUUGUACAUUGAAAAGGAGCGUAAAUACCCCUCUUGUAUGUGGUCCAAUUACUAUUUAUGGCACAUUGAGAAAUGAAUACGUUGUCCAACUUUCAUCAAUACCAAUCUUGCGUGGGAGGUCAAGUAACAUGCUUUUUCUUGUGGGCUUUUAUUGACUCGUUUAUCGGUUAAUCUUCAGUUUUUACAAAGCUUAUCGUGUUACUUUCUCGCCUCAUUUUCAUUUCUUGUGAUUUCUUGAUUGCAAUUCCAUAUCUCCCUUGCAAUCACCAUUGGUCUUCUGCAAUAGCUACUCAAUGUUGUUUCUUUGUACUUCGUCAGUUAGCCCUAUCAUUUGUUUUCUUGCUCUCAUGCUGUGAUUUAUUCAAGUAGUAUUAUGUUAUUGUCUUGGAGUGGUUUCUUAUUGUUUUUAUCCUGGUAGCAUUCUAUUAUUGUCUUGGAGUGGUUUCUUAUUGUAUUCAUUUCAUUUGUAUCUAGUUUUUCUUUCCAGUUUCGUUUUCUCUUUAGUAGUCUUAUUCUAGUUUUCUUUAGUAAGUGUUAUUUCCAUUAGUGUAUUAAAGAUGUAGUUUUGGUUCUGGGGUUACAGAUAAGGGUGCCUAUUAAUGGGAUAUAUUUGUAAUAUGUACGAAUUUGUAUACAUUUACAUAAUCUUUUGUUGUCAUAUCUUUACAUCGUGGUCUCAUAUCUCAAGAGCAUGAAUCUCUAUGAGUUCAUUGGCUUUCUUUCAACAAAACCAAGUGUGGACUGAUCAUUGUUGUUUGUUUCAUGGGAAUUUUAUCAUUGAGGACUUCGGCAACCCAUGAUUAUCCUGUUUGAGGACUUAAGGCUUUGAGAUUAAUAUACUCCUUUAGAUCC